AUGUCUUUGCUUAGGCAAAUCGCUAAUAUUUGUGGCUGUGGCGAACCUAGUAGUAAUAUUAUUGAUGAUACUUGUGACUACGGGAUUCCCCGUAGUAAUAUCUUCAAUGAUGAUUGUAGCUACUUGAUUCGUCAUAGUAAUAUUGUUUUAAAACUGGCUCUGUUCCUCGGAACAGUGUUUACUCUAUUUAAUAUCGGACGGAAACUCAUAUCUUUGUGGAAUGGAACGCCUGAACUGACGUCACCCGACGUUAGUGAAGUCAUCCCAGACGACGAUGAUAUCCCUGACAACAACGCAGUCUCGACUUUGAAGGAAGUCUACGACAAGAACUUGGAAAAUCUCGAAGUGGAAAUGGAACUGCUUCGAGGCGAAAACUCUGGUUUGCGAGCGACUCUGCUCGAGAAGGAAAUUUUGUUUGACGAAAUGACGGAAAACAUCGAUAGUUUGAGGCGAAGAGUAAUCGACGAUUUCCAAAGAAUGGACAGACUGGAUGAUCAAAAUAGUCUGCUGAGAAUGGAACAACUGGAGCGAUCUCGAGAGGCCGAAGAAUUUGAACAAAUAAUUGGCCGCUUUGAAGAGGAGGUCCAGGCUUUGGCAGAAAGCAAGAGAAAACUGGAGACCGAAAAGGAAAGGGAAAUUCGCGAUCUAAUGGAGAAAAUCAGAGAUCUUCAAGUGGAAAAUAUAGACAAGGACAAAGUGAUAGAAAAUCUCAACGGAAACAACAUUCAGUGUGAAGAGAUAAAGAACAGGUUGCAGGGAGAGGUCAGGAAUCUCGGCCGACAGAACACUGAAAUGGAGAUAAAUAUGGCCCAUCUGAAGAAAGAAAAGACUGAAGUGGAAGAGAAGAUUGCGGAUUUGGGAAAGGAAUUUGAAAAGGAAGUUCAUGACCUCGAGCAUAGGCUGAAUAACUACUAUCAGGAGAUUGAAUUGUUUAACAAAGAGGCGACAGAAAAGGAAGAGAAAAUAGAAGCUCUGGGGAAUAUUGUCCAGAAUUUACUCGGAGAAAACCAGAAAAUUAAAAAUGCAAUGGAAUACAAAAUAAAUUACCUUAGUCAAGAGCUCAAUAAACAGCAGGAUCUCAAUAAGAAGGAGGUUGAAAAGUUUGAAAAAGAAAUGUUCGAAUGUAGACAAACGAUUGAAGGUCUGGAAAGGGAGGUCGUCUCGUUGAUGAAAGAAAAGGACAACCUGAAAACUGAGAAGGCGAAGGAAAUAUCCGACCUCAUAUCUCUGAACAGGGAAAAGGAGGAGCAGCUGGAACAGUUCAAAACAGAAGCCGUUGCUUGUGCUCAAACGAUUGAAGGUCUGGAAAAUGAGGUCGUAACCUUGAUGAAAGAACAGGAGAGCUUGAAAAUUGAAACGGAGAAGGAGAUAAACGACCUCAUAUCUCUGAACAUGGAAAAGGAGGAGCAGUUGGAACAGUUCAAAGCAGAAGCCAUUGCUUGUGCACAAACAAUUGAAGGUCUGGAAAAUGAGGUCGUAGCCUUGAUGAAAGAAAAGGACAGCCUUAAAAUGGAAAUGGAGAAGGAAAUAUCUGACCUCAUAUCUCUGAACAUGGAAAAGGAGGAGCACCUGAAACAGUUCGAAGCAGAAGCCAUUGCUUGUGCACAAACAAUUGAAGGUCUGGAAAAUGAGGUCGUAUCCUUGAUGAAAGAACAGGAGAGCUUGAAAAUUGAAACGGAGAAGGAGAUAAACGACCUCAUAUCUCUGAACAGGGAAAAGGAGGAGCACCUGAAACAGUUCGAAGCAGAAGUCAUUGCUUGUGGACAAACGAUUGAAGGCCUGGAAAAUGAGGUCGUAGCCUUGAUGAAAGAAAAGGACAGCCUUAAAAUGGAAAUGGAGAAGGAAAUAUCUGACCUCAUAUCUCUGAACAUGGAAAAGAAGGAGCAGCUGGAACAGUUCAAAACAGAAGCCAUGGCUUGUGCACAAACAAUUGAAGGUCUGGAAAAUGAGGUCGUAACCUUGAUGAAAGAAAAGGAGUGCUUGAAAAUUGAAUGGGAGAAGGAAAUAUCUGACCUCAUAUCUCUGAUCAUGGAAAAGGAGGAGCACCUGAAACAAUUCGAAGCAGAAGUCAUUGCUUGUGGACAUACGAUUGAAGGCCUGGAAAAUGAGGUCGUCCACUUGAUAGGAGAAAAGAAUUGCCAGAAAAUUGAAAUGGAAAAGGAAAUAAUGGACCUGAAAGAAGAAGUGACUAACCAGCGAGAUAUGAACUUGGAAAAGGAUGAGGAGAUUGAAAAAUUUAAAGGGGAGGUAAUUGAAAUUGGAAAGACAAUUGAAGGUCUGGAAAAUGAGGUCAUCCAGUUGAUGGAGGAUAAUGAGAGGAGGAAAGCAAAGAUGGAAAAGGAAAUAAAUGACCUCAAAGAAGAGUCGAUAAAGCUCCAAUCACUGAACAUGGUAAAGGACGAGGAGAUUGAAAACUCGAAAAAGAAAGUAAUUGAAAUUGGAAGGACAAUUGAAGUGUUUACUCUAUUUAAUAUCGGACGGAAACUCAUAUCUUUGUGGAAUGGAACGCCUGAACUGACGUCACCCGACGUUAGUGAAGUCAUCCCAGACGACGAUGAUAUCCCUGACAACAACGCAGUCUCGACUUUGAAGGAAGUCUACGACAAGAACUUGGAAAAUCUCGAAGUGGAAAUGGAACUGCUUCGAGGCGAAAACUCUGGUUUGCGAGCGACUCUGCUCGAGAAGAAAAUUUUGUUUGACGAAAUGACGGAAAACAUCGAUAGUUUGAGGCGAAGAGUAAUCGACGAUUUCCAAGGAAGAAUGGACAGACUGGAUGAUCAAAAUAGUCUGCUGAGAAUGGAACAACUGGAGCGAUCUCGAGAGGCCGAAGAAUUUGAACAAAUAAUUGGCCGCUUUGAAGAGGAGGUCCAGGCUUUGACAGAAAGCAAGAGAAAAUUGGAGACCGAAAAGGAAGGGAAAUUCGCGAUCUAA